CCACUGCUGACUGCACCAACGUCACCCGAUCGGACAUGGAGUCCCACGCGUCCGCCUCCCCUCGCCGGAGUGACAGCCGCGACUCCACCUGCUCCGACGACGCCGUGUUGAGCGAGGAGAUACAUCGCCUGCUGCUGUCGUACGCUGCCGGGGCCACGGACGGCGCAAUCGCGGCGCUGGUGGAAGAGCUCGCGUCGCCCGCGUCGUCGCUGGACGACCUCCGCGGCGCCGCCAUGGAGAUCCGGCUGCUGGCCAAGCACAGCCAGGACAACCGCGUCCGGAUCGUGGCCGCGGGGGCCCUGCCGCCGCUGGUGGCGCUGCUGUCGCGCGCCGACCCGCUGCUGCAGGAGCACGCCGUCACCGCGCUGCUCAACCUGUCGCUGUGCGAGGAGAACAGGGCGGCCGUCGUGGACGCCGGCGCGGUCGGCCCGCUGGUGCGCGCGCUCAAGUCGGCCGCCUCCCCGGCGGCGCGCGAGAACGCGGCCUGCGCGCUGCUCCGCCUGGCGCAGCUCGACGGCUCCGCGGCGGCGGCCAUCGGACGCGCCGGCGCCGUGCCGGUGCUGGUCUCGCUCCUGGAGUCCGGCGGCGCGCGGGGGAAGAAGGACGCGGCGACGGCGCUGUACGCGCUGUGCAGCGGCGCGGCGGCGCGCGAGAACCGGGCCCGCGCGGUGGAGGCCGGCGCCGUGCGCGCGCUGCUGGAGCUGAUGGCCGACCCGGAGCGCGGGAUGGUGGACAAGGCGGCGUGCGUGCUGCACGCGCUGGUGGGCGGCGCGGAGGGGCGCGCGGCGGCCGUGGCGGAGGGCGGCGUCCCCGUGCUGGUGGAGAUGGUGGAGAGCGGCAGCCCGCGGCAGAAGGAGAUGGCGACGCUGUGCCUCCUCCACGUGUGCGCGGAGGACAGCUCCGCCUACCGCACCAUGGUCGCGCGCGAGGGCGCCAUCCCGCCGCUCGUCGCGCUCUCCCAGUCCUCCGCGCGCCCCAAGCUCAGAGCCAAAGCAGAGGUGUUGAUCGCGUUGCUGCGGCAGACGACGAGCCUGCGGCCGCGCUCGUCGGUCGGUUGUGUACAUACUCCGGUUGAGUUGAGCCAUUGAGUGUAUAUUAUUAUUAUUAUUUUUAUUAUUUUUUGAGAGAGAGGAAUGAGUUCACCUGGGCUGCGUGUCUCUUCAGUUUAGUUGCGGCUUCUUUUCUUGUCCAGCUCCGGUGUAACAGGCAGCCACCCUACGUGGUUAUGUUUCUCUCUAGUAUCGGCCGGAGAGGAACGGCCGAACGGGAUAUAUUGGAAUCAAAUCAUGCGCAUGCAUGGCUAAUAAAGCAUGUAAUCAUCCUAUAUAUUUAUUUGAGAUGCUUUACGAACGUUAUUUAACGGU